CCAGAACUGACUGAGAGGAGAGCCUUCUCCAAUCUCUGCCCACUCUCAUGACCGCUCACUCCCCUCACUUUGCUUAACCUGCCAAAAGAGAAGUGGAUCUUCCAACAAAACCAAAAAGGAAAGGGCAAAAAUAUUCAUCGUGCUGAGGGAUGCACCUUGUGGGGACUCUUGUCUCCUCAGAUGAUACACUACACUAAACCUGUCCUAAUUCUCCUGUGAAACACUCUAAGAACCACCAUCCUGACUGUGAGAGCAAUACUUUAUAUUCUGUCUAGUGACUUUUUCGAUGUUAUCCAUAUAUCCUAAACAACACAGGGAGGAUUUGAACCCAGGUCUCUAGACUCCAGAAUUGUUGUGCUCUUUCCUCUCUACCAUACCUGUCACAUCUGAAUGCAUAUUUUCAGUGACUAAAAUACAACCCCAUUAGCCAAGUUCCAACCCAUCCCCAGUUCCCAAAUUCCCCUCAUCAAGGAAAAUCUGUGGGAAAAAAUUCUCUGUACACACAGGAACAAUUAUAAUACAGUAUUUCUCAUAUAAGUAUUAUUUUUGGCACUUUCCACGUGGCAGAGUAACGAAAGUGUUAUUUACCCUUUAGGGUGGAUGAAGAGGAAACCGAGACUCUAAGAGUUGCCUAAAGUCACUACAGCUAACACACAUGGGAGUUUAGAGGAGGGAAAGUUCUAACAGAUGAAUAAUCCAAGAAAACGGGGGCCAUUGGAAUGCAGACUCCAGGCAGUGAACUUGUCGAAAUGAUUUGAAUUCCCUUUACUGGCAGAGGCACUUCCCUGCCCUGGGGGCCAAGGCAGAAACCGAAGUUAACAGAAACUGAUAGACAGAAAAGUACCCGUGUGCCCCGGGAGGCCCAUAGCAUUGGAAAGUCCCCGCCCCUACCUGCCUACCUGACAGCCCUGGGAGCGGGAGCGGAGCGGCAAAACCCCAGUGUUUGCUCUGUCUCAGUGCCCAUAUUGCCUGCCCAUCCACCCACUGCCCCAACAAGGUGUCUUGGCUCAUUGGUCCUGGCUGCUCCGCCCAGCAGGUGAUGUGCCUGAGUGGGACAAAAGCUCAAGGGAGGCCCUUAGGCAGACACCGGAGACCUCAGGGGUGGUUCUCACUCCGGCUGCAAUUCCAGGUUUGGGCUCCAGCUCUUCAGAAAAUGGGCCAGAGGACAGCCUGUUGGGUCCGGAACAGGUGAUUCAAGGUUCAAGCAUCUUCUGCAGCCCCUGUUGGGGACUUGGACAGCAUGAACUGGGCAUUCCUCCAGGGCCUCCUGAGUGGGGUCAACAAGUAUUCCACCAUCCUCGGCCGAGUCUGGCUGUCAGUGGUACUGAUAUUUCGAGUGCUGGUCUACGUCGUAGCAGCAGAGGAAGUGUGGGAUGAUGACCACAAAGACUUUGACUGCAACACGCGCCAGCCGGGCUGCGCCAAUGUCUGCUACGACCACAUCUUCCCCAUCUCCCACGUCCGCCUGUGGGCCCUGCAGCUCAUCCUGGUCACUUGCCCCUCGCUGCUCGUGGUCAUGCACGUAGCCUACCGGGAGGAGCGGGAGCGGAGGCACCGGCUAAAGCACGGCCCCCAGGCCAGACCCCUCUAUGGAAACCCAGGGAAGAAGCGGGGAGGUCUCUGGUGGACCUACCUACUAAGCCUGAUAUUCAAGGCUGGCGUGGAUGCCGGAUUCCUGUACAUCUUCCAUCGCCUCUAUCAGAAUUACGACAUGCCCCGUGUGGUCCACUGCUCUGUGGACCCCUGCCCCAAUGUGGUCGAUUGCUUCAUCUCGCGACCCACAGAGAAGAAGAUCUUUUCCUAUUUCAUGGUUGCCACGGCCGUGAUCUGCAUUCUGCUCAAUCUGGGGGAGGUGUCCUACCUGAUAUGCAAGAGAUGUCAAGAGGCCCUAGGUCCCCAGAACUCUAACCAUCGGAAGCAUCGAAAGCAUGGCCACAAUGGCCCCUUGGGGGCCCUGCAGGAUGCUUGUCCCCCUUAUGCUCCCUCCCAGGCUUUGCAACAAGAUAACCCCACCAGGGAGAUCACAUUGCCUUGUUAAAGACUCUGAAAAGACAGGAUAGUCAUUGAAAAGCCCUGGUUCUGGAGUUCAAAGAACUGACUUCUAUACCUGGGCAAGUGCCUUUUCUAGUCCUAAAUUUUGUCAUCUGGAUAAUGAAAUUCAGAUUGGACUAGAUUAUAUCGCAGUAAGGUUCCUCAAACCUAUGAGUCUAUGAUGUGAUAAUGACAGCAAUACAAGUAUCAUGGAGGGGAGGGAUGGGUGGAUGAGCCAUUACUCCUCUCCUUCUAAUCAGUUUGGCCAGCCCCCUCACUUAAGUAAGCAGCAGACCCCUUGGAAGAGUAGGUGGAGUAAAGACAAACCCACUCCUAGCAACAGAACUCAUUCCUGGAAGGGCACAGAGCUAAAUAACAAAAAUGUCAGCUUCCUUCCCCUUAGGAACUCUCCCCUCCAUAUGUCCCACGGGAGAAGUUAGUGGAGGGAGUGUGGGAAGGAUGUCACCAUGAGGAGGUGAAGACUUACUCCGGAGCUGGGCUGGGACCUCAUGUGUAUGUGCACCCAUAAAGGGAAAGGAUUCCGAAUAAAAGCACUUGGCAAAUAGACCUUGCCUUGGAACCCAAGUCAAUAAUACUUAAAGUAAUUCACCCCUAUCUCCUAGGGAGCAAACUCCUGGAGAUGUGGGAUAGAUGGAAGGAGAGAAGUAGAGAUCACUUCCUACAAUUAAAGUUGUCCACUUCUGGAAGGGGCUUCCUUGGGAAGCAAUGGAUUCUUCCACAAAUACACACUGGAUAUCUUCAAGCAAAGACUGGUUUGGGAACUGCUUUCUGGGUCACUUUGGAGAAGAUUACCUCUGAGGUCUUUCCAGAUCUGAGCUUCCUGGAAAGAAAUGUCCCUUGUCUACUUCUUUGGAGUCUGGAUGAUGUCAUGACCUAAAGAGGGCCAAGUCAAUAUUUCUCUUUGGAUCAAGGUGUGCCCCUCUCAGCUAGCAAAGGACAGAGAAGGUGGAGGAGAUCCCAUCAGCUAAGGGACAGGUUCCAAAUGGCUUCCUAGACUUUGUCCCAAGAUAGAGUUUAAAGAGGAGAAAAUCUGGGAGAAACCAUCAGACAGACACCCAUGCCCACAACCCUUCCCUCUGCCUAGCUCACUAUCCACCACAGGCUGGGAUGUGCCUCUCUGUAGAUGACUCAGCCUUGAGGAUGGAAAGGGACACUUGGGGAGAGACAGUAUUGGAAAGACAGGGAAGGAGAGAGAGAGAAAAGCAGGUCACAUCCCGAGAUCAGAGAACUACAAUUCCACUAUCAUUUGUUAUUUGCUUGUUUUCUUCAGUGGGGUAUGAAGGAAGAUAACAAGAAAAGUGAAAUAAGGAUACAGUUCUCAAAAGAAAAAAUGAGAACAGAAGGAAUCCUGAACAAACUGGACAGCUUUGAAAGUUACAUAUUGUAUUUGUUAUAUAAUUUUUUCUAAAAAAAAAAAACAAGCUCUACAUAAUAGAAAUGAGCUUUUUAUGUAUAUUCUUCUUCCAUUUUACAAUAUAUGUGAAAAUACUCAUUUUAUUUGUUUUUUGUUAAAUCAAAAUUAUUUAAAAAUAAAAUGGAGAUUUUUUUUUAAAAAAAA